AUGUUGCAAUUGGCACGUAGUUCGUCCACUGUCGUGGUGCCAAACGACACCAAUGUGCUCCCAUUCUCAGCAAUGCCAGGCCUAAAAGGUAGCAUUCGAAAUAUCUUGGAUUAUGCGUAUACGAAGGGCUCGUUCUUUGACGUCGCAACGGAACGUUUCAAAAGAUAUGGUCCAAUUUACAGUGAGAAAAUACUUGGCACACAAAUUGUGAAUAUUUCGGAUGUAGAAGCCACAAUAAAAGUUUUACGAACCGAAAAAUCUUUUCAAAUGCGACCGGGCUUCGAAGCCCUAGAAGACGUUGGGGACGAAAUUAAUCCCGGUGCAGGUAUUAGCAUUGCCUCGAACGAUUAUGAAAAAUAGUAUCGUCAGAAAUCGCUGCUGUCGCCGAAGCUGAUGCGUCCUAAAGUCGUUCAUGAAACAUUGCCUAUAUUAAAUACUGUAGCAGAUGAUUUUGUGAAGCGAAUGCAGCGACUUUCGGAGCGUGACGAGACGAUAAGUAACCUUGAGGAGGAGUUACCAUACUGCACUGUUGAGGCAAUGUUCAACAAGCGCCUUGGGUUCGACGACCAUCCUCAAAAUCCGGACGCAGUCGCGUAUGUCGAGUCUGCCAACUAG